UUUUGUCACUAAGUAGAUAUACACUAUAAAAAUAUAUACAAAAUAGAAAUGUAUUUACCUACUUAUAUUAUGAUAUGAAAAUGUAGACGCAAUGAUGACUACAGCGUACCAAUACGUUAAAAUCUAAAUUCUAAAUAAUUUGCAACUAUUUAUGGCGUUGUCUCAUGAACUAUCAUCGGCGUCGGUGCUAAAACUGUGCUCGUUUGUAUUCUGGGGAUGGUUCUACGUUUGGACAACGUUUGUGGAGCCGAAAAAGAGCCCGGAAUGGCAUUCGCGGGUGGUGACGUUGUUGCAUGGGUCUGUGGCUACUUUGGCCGGACUUUGCCAGUGUGGCAUGACCUCUGUCGACCGUUGCAGGCUUACCAUGAAAAUAACAUACGCGGAGUACGCCCUGAUGCUUUGGUCGUGGGGCUACUUCGCGUUCGACCUUCUGUGGUGCCUGCUGUACUGGAACGGCAGCCAUGUCAUCCUGGCGCACCACGUCGUGGCUCUCGUCGCCGUCAAUGUGUAUAUGAGCAAGGCUUACGCUGGGUGCACUUUUGCUUGCACGCUGGCUCUAAUGGAGAUAACAAAUCCGUUUCUACAAACUCGAUGGUUAUUUAGUUUUCAGACAUGUAAACCCUGUCUCCCCAGGUUGCUGCGGUACGAAGGAUAUGGCCAAACAUACAUUUUCUACUUGGUGGAGAUAAUUUACUUCGUCAUGUUCCUAACUAUUCGCGCAAUUUUCUGCACUUAUCUGGUUUUCAAAGUGCUCAACUCAGAUAUACUAGACUUGGACGAAAAAUUAAUCUCCCUAUCUCUAUAUGCAGUGUCUCUCAUUUUAGUGUAUGAGAUACUUAGUUACGUUUCCUACAAAUAUAAAAAUAAAAUAGUAAGUAAGUAGGUGCAUUUUAAUACUUUUAAUACGAGAUCCGGCAUAAAAAUUAUGUACUCUCAUCUGUUAUUUAUUUGGGUUAAGAAAUAAAUGAUAGAAACAUACGUUGCAAAUAGGUUGCUUAGUAAAAUUACGGCUAUCCAGAAUACUAUCCACUAUUGAAUGAAUAUAUUCUUUUUAAUUUAUUUAAUCUACUUCUUUCAUUGGUAGGGAAAAAAUCGUACACUUGAUAAAAGAAUAUACUAGUGUUAGUGAUGCGCCGACUAGUCGGUAAAGCCGAUUAGUCGGCAAAAAGCGCCGUCUAGUCGGUUUAUUAUUUUGUAUGUAUUUCUCAAUAAUAUUAUGUAUUGAGGAAGAAAAAAAACAUUUUAACUAAAGUUUUCUUUUUGUCAUGAUUAAAUUUUUAAUCAACUCCUUAACUUCCAUGAACAAGAACAGUAUUAUUUGUACAAAAAAAAUAUUUUUCAUGUCACUUGCUUGAAAAAAAUACUUUUGCUGAGCUAUAUCAGCAAGCAAAAGUCCAUCAAAGCAAAAGUAACUUUAUUUAAAUAUGUAAGUUUUGAGUUAAGGAUGGUAAAUAAAAUAUUCAUAAGAUAGUUAUUAUUUAAAAUUAGCAGGUUUAGUUAAAGUUUACAUAAUUUUUUUAUUGUUUAUACUCACAAACCAUCGCCUUUGAUAAGAUAACGUACGAGUACCAUAAAUUAAAAAACACACACACACACAAGCACACACACUGACACACUCGCAAGCGACUUGCGCUUAAAUCAUCUAUAUCUAAACAUAGAUUUACAGAAAUCCCUGACCCGUGAUCGGCAUUGCCGACUAGUCGGCAUCUUUGCAACCGACUAAUCGGCUAGUCGGCUAAUCGGCAAAAGUCAUAGUCGGCGCAUCUCUAGAUCUAUACCCAACAGAAUUGAAAACGCAGAGGUUGCCUGCUUUGGUACUGCAACUGUGGGGAUGCCAGAUGUAAACUUUUGAACAAUGUUAUUUAAAUACGAUCAGAAGUUAUUUGGUCGUCUAAUGUGUCAAAUGAAAGCUGAUUGUAUGCUUAAUUUUACUGUAUUAAGUUGCUGUUUAUCUAGUUCAUGGUUUCCUAAAUUUUGUAUGAAAAAUGUGUCUGGCCGCAACUUAACUAGGCCUAUUUACAAUGUGUCACUGUGAAUAUUAUUAUCUAUCAUUUAUUUCUUAUUACUAAUAAAUAAAAAAUUAGGGUAUAUAUUUCCAAGCCGGAUCUUAGACCAUUUAUUAUGUACUCAUAUGUGUAGUAUGGGCCAAACUUCGAGUCCACUCUGAACAUGGGGAGGCUGCGCAAUAUACAAAAACAUAAUAUCCAAAUUGGUUAAUAAAUUUUUGCUUUUUGUUGGAAUGUCCCAGUGGACUCGAAGUUUGGCACAUACUAUAGUAACUUUUAUAUAAAGCGUGGCUUUAAGCAUUGCUGUAAUUGCAUAUUUUUCUUAGGCUAAAAAUGUGUCAAUAUUCUACUAAUAUUUUCUAAUUUGACCCCGGUCUGAUCUGGUGAUAGGAUAGGCUUACGUCGUGGCUAUAGCUUGGCAAAUUCGUUGAUGACACUUCCAUGAUAUGCGGGCGACUGCACGGGUGUGAUGUCGUGCGCGCGGGGCAUGUUUUUUUUAUGUUAGUUACCUCAUAGCUUCUUCUUUUAUUAACCAAUACUAGCGGACGCCCGCGACUUCGUCUGCGUGAAAUUCGUUGUAAAC